UGGAUGCGGAUGAGUGGCCAUGGAUUGUUUCAGGCGACAGGUUACGCUAGCUAACCCUCCCAAGGGUGUAAGCUGAGGGAUAUGCCGAUCAACGGUGGUGACUGUGGGAGCCGUGCGAUUUGUAACCAACGACAGUCUGUUUCAGUUGCAUUGAUUCCCGAGAGAUCAGCUGAACAGAUCAUAUGAUACCAUGAAUGUGAGGCCUUGAGGUUGUUCAUCUUCUGCUGGAUAUAUCAAGUACUGUGAUAGUCUCGACGCAGGCAUUUGCAUGUUAGCAGUCAACUGUCAAUAUCUUUGAUUUACACAAAUAUCUGCCAGACAUUUAUAGACAAUGGCAACCAGCCCAACUGCUCCAGGGUCUGUAGGUUGGCCUUUGCUUGGAGAUAAGUCGUACGAAUUCUACAAAAACCCAAGAGAUUUUCUAGAGAAGUACAUGACUCAAAACAAGUCCAGGGUGUUUUCUCUUCGCUUCCUGAACAAGCCAACAGUGUUCGUGUGUUCCAACAGCGGAGUGGAGAAAGUGCUGGCAGAUGGCGGAGAGCACCUGGAGCUUGGAUACAAGGCGUUCAUGGGGCAGAUAUUUGGGGACAAUAUCUUGUUUACCAAUGGUGCGGAGGCGCAGGUGUUACGGCACUCUCUGAGUCAGCUGUUUACAGAAGACAGUGUCCGCACCUACCACCAGACCAUUGACAGGGUUCUCAACAAAAAACUUGCCAGUAUGGACACCAGCCGUCCCAAGUGCCUGUAUGCAUUCUUCAAACAGCUGGUCACGGAGAUCUGCCUCAGCCUCUUUCUGGGACUGGAUUUCCAGGAUUCAAAGGAAGUCAGUGACACCAUCGUAUCCAUGACAACCACUCACUGGCAUGGAAUCAUCUCUGUGCCCCUACCUCUGAAGAUCCCUGGAAGAGGUGGGGCUUCAACCUACAGUAAGGCUCUGGAUGCUAAGAAAAAACUGCUAGAAGUCAUCAAGGAAAGACGAGUGAAGACCGACAAGAGCUUCCCGCAACACAUGUCCACCAUUGCUCAAGACCCAGCAGUACAUGAUGACACCUUCAUCAACAACCAUCUCCUGCUUUUCACGUCUGCUCUCGUCCCGAAGGCGCUGGCCUCCAUCUUGACCUCCUUUGCUGUGGAGGUUGGGCAGAAGGACAAGCUAUCCUGGCAGACGGAAUGCCUAUCCAAUCCUGACUUCAUGGACGCUAUGUUUCUGGAGGUUCAACGUCUCUACCCUGCUUUUCUUGGAGGACGCCGUAUUGUCACGCAAGACUAUGAGAUUGAUGGGUACUUGGUCCCCAAGGAUCAUGCUGUGGUGUUUAUGACCUUUGCUGCUCACCGAGACCCAGCUGUAUUUGAAUCUCCGGAAGAAUUCCUUCCCGAGCGGUGGACAAACUGUUCUGCUGACAUGAAGAGCAAGCUGUUCUGCUUCGGGGCUGGCCCCCGGGGAUGUCUGGGUCAGAGACUAGUCUGGGACAUCAUCAAGUCCACCAUUAACAAGAUAAUGGGAGCUUAUCAAUGGUGUCUCCAAGACAACCAGGAAUGGUCACAGAAAUGGCUGCCAGUUUCAGGUCCAAAAGGAGAGAUUCUUGCCACAUUCACCAAGCGAGACCAAUGACCACCAUAUUCACCUAGAUCUUAUGAGUGCUAUUUUCCACAAGAGAUUUUAUGUCAUUUUUAUUGGAUGUUUUUCUCUCAAGGUUUUUAUUUUUAUCUCAAUGUCACAACUAUUGUUAUCUCAUUCCCCCUUUUUAGCUGGGAAAUCUGAAGUCAGUUUGUGUUAGUAAUGAAGUCAGAAAUGCCAUUCAUGAAGUCAACUAUGGACUCAUGAAUAGGGUCCACACCAAGAUCUGUCUCCACUCCCGAGAUCUGGCUCCACUUCUCACAUCUGAGCUAAGACUCCACAUCGGAGAUAUGACUCCACAUCAGAGAUCUGCUACACUCUAGAGAUCUGCUACACAUCAGAGAUCUGCUACACAUCAGAGAUAUGACUCCACAUCAGAGAUGUGCUACACAUCAGAGAUAUGACUCCACAUCAGAGAUCUGCUACACAUCAGAGAUAUGACUCCACAUCAGAGAUCUGCUACACAUCAGAGAUAGAGACCACAUCUGAAAUCUGACAGCCAUGCUGCUAGAGCUGAUAUUGAUCUGAGUGCUAUGGUUGGCCAUCUGUGAUAUGGACAGUGGCACACUUCUCACCUCCAAAUCCAGUUACUUGACUGGGGCUGCCAUGUCACUCCAGAUUGUGUGCAGGUCUUCAGAGUACAUGUUUAUAUAAGUUGUAUGCUUCUCUCGAGGGUUAUAUGGUCUGAUGCACGCCUGCUACAAUGAGGCGUACAUCAGACUGUAUAACCCGAAGGAGAAGCAUACAAUGUAUUUAUCUUACCGUCAUGUUAAAUGUACA